CGAAUAUGGCAUUAUAGUUCAUGUAUUUGACUCAGAAAAGCAAACAACAAAAUUAUACACAUAAUAUAAAUAUAUAGAUGCGUGGGUGUAUAAAAUCCUAGUUGAGUAUUUGAAUUUCUCUUUUUCUCUCGCUCGUCUGUGCUGAAAUGGGUUUACAGGAUAACGUCAUUUCCUAUGGCUCUGCAUUAGUGUUAUCGCUGCUCCUCCUCCUUCCUCUUCUUGCAAAGGGAUGUGAUAUGUUUACGGGACAGUGGGUGAAGGAUGCUUCCUACCCUCUCUACGAUCCCUCCACGUGUCCAUUCAUAAGGCGCGAGUUCGCUUGCAAGAAAAAUGGACGACCCGAUCUCGACUACCCUACCUUCAGAUGGCAACCACACGGCUGCGAAUUAGCAAGGUUCAAUGGAGUAGAUUUUUUGCAGAAAAAUAGAGGGAAGAAGAUAAUGUUUGUAGGUGAUUCUCUUAGCCUAAACCAAUGGCAGUCUUUGACAUGUAUGCUUCACUCUUCAGUUCCCAAGUCUCCCUAUACUAUAACCACACAAGGCACUAUCACAACCUUCACAUUCCAGGAGUAUGGAGUUGAAAUAAAGAUUGAUAGGAAUGAGUAUUUGGUAGAUAUUGUGAGUGAGAAGAUUGGGAACGUGAUGAAGCUUGAUUCGAUCAACGAUGGAAAGAAUUGGUUAGGAAUGGAUACACUGAUUUUCAACACUUGGCAUUGGUGGAGCCGAAAAUCAUGGGAUUAUAUUCAAAUAGGACGUAACAUUACAAAAGACAUGGACCGCAUGGAGGCAUUCGAAAUCGCACUUGGAACGUGGGGCAAAUGGGUCGAUACCGUGGUAGAUACUAGAAAAACUAGAGUAUUUUUCCAAGGAAUUUCACCAUCUCAUUACAAUGGAACUCUAUGGGGUGAACCAACGGCACAUAGUUGCGAGGGACAGAAGGAACCACUUUUGGGGACAAAUUAUCCAGGAGGAUUGCCACCAGAAGUUGGAGUUUUGAAGAGAGCACUCGGGAAAAUUACCAAACCGGUGACUUUGCUAGACAUUACUAUGCUUUCAUUGCUUCGAAAAGAUGGUCACCCUUCCAUUUACGGUCUAGGCGGCCGCAAUGAUUGCAGCCACUGGUGUCUCUCUGGCGUACCGGAUACUUGGAAUGAGAUUCUUUACAAUUAUAUGCUUUAG